AUGCAGGACGUGCUGGAGGGCUACAUCUUCCUGGGCAAUAUCAGCGAGCUGGGCGCCCGGCUGAGCCACGCCUUCACUUCAUCCGUCAGCAGCACUGUCCGUCAGGUCGUGCGCAGCGUGAUCCUGACGCGGUCUGGGCUGGAGGAGAGCGCGCGCGCAGGAGCGCCUGUUCAGGACAUGGUCCGGGGGGUCCCUGCCGACCUAUUCAGGACGUGCCUCGCCCGGGCGUUGAUGGUGGUGUUUGACAUGAUGGGCAGCCACCAGAGGAUGACUAAUUGGCACGACAGCGCCCUGGACCACAACAUGAGCGGCCUCGCCAAACUGCGCGAAGCCAAGCGCGCAUGCCACGCGCGCAUCCGCCAGGCGCGUUCCCUCCCCCCUCUGAAAUUCCUUGCUUCCGGGGCCCUUCUUCCUGCGGAUGGCAGCGGUGAGGGCAGCGGCCUCAUCAAAGCCGUCUCAAUGAGGGACACGGCACCCAUUACCACCUCGGUGAGCUUUCAAGCCAGCGUCGGUGGCAGUCCGCGCGCACCAGCCUCGCCGAGAAGGCGGCAGAAGCCGGCAUGGGCAGAAACGCUGACUGCCGGGCCGCAGCUUCACAGAACGUCCUCGAAGGGGUCACAGGCGCUGCAGCUUGCACGAUCCAUGGGCCAGGCAGGCGCCGAUGAGGAGGGACAGCCGCAGUCGGUGGAGUCCUUCAUCGAGGCGCUGGCCGCCAAGGACGCUCUAGCAGAGCUCCAGGGGCUGGAGUGGAGGGAGGCGGAGGAGGUGGAGUGGGGGGAUGUGCUGAGGGUUAGUCAGCGGGGCAUGUGGGCCAGCCGCGGAUUCCUCUGGGAGGAAGCCGCGCGCAACAUCGCCUGCCUGCUCGCAUGCCCCGCCGCCUGGGAUGGCGAUCACUUCCUGCAGGAAACGCAUCUGAUAAUAAUAAUAAUAAUGAUAAUGAUACAUUACCAAUAUCACAUGCAGGCGGGCAACUUCUUCGCAGCCUAUCAUGCAGAGAACCUGGAGGGCCUGCAUGGAAUGCUGGACAAGGAGCUCUGGCGCAGGAUACCCUCCGGCAAUGCUGAAGCAGGAGGUCUUUGGCAGGGGCUGCGGGGAGAUGGGAAGCUGCAGAAGGGCGGCGCAGACUCCUUUGACAAGAUCCUGGCGGCUGGAAAUCCCUGGCGCAGGAAGCACCUGCGCCGUCGGCUUGCCAAGCAGGGCUCGCCUGCGCUGUCCUUCCAGCUGGGGUUUGGCGGCGCUUCAGCGCUGGAGGAGGACAGGGCUGCGAGGAAGCUAGAGGUCGAUGAGCACGGAAUUGCACGACGUGUGUCAGAUGACAUAUGGCGGACCAGUGCAGCCACAACACACGCAGUGCUGUCAGAUGACGAAGAGGACGAGCUGCUGAGUGGGGACUCACUCUGGGAGGACGAUAGGCAAACCGCCAAGGAGGCGGGCAACGCCGAUGGGCAGCAGCUGGGCAGCAUGCCCAUGACUAACUCGGCGCUGAAGCUUGCCAAAUGGAUGCAAGUGUACGGAGAACUGCUCAGGAGCCUGCGGCCGGCUCCGUUUGUGUACCGGGGCAUGUGCGAGCUGUUUGACAUGUACCUGGUGCAUGUCUACGUGGCCUUCAGUGAUGUCAGCCUGGCUGACAUGCUGGACUCCGAGGCCGCUGAGGCCAAGCAGGCAGAGGCGGUGUCACCCAGGCUGAGGGCCACACUUGUGAGGAUUGUGGCCGGGCCGCUGGCCAGAUUCAGGGCAUCCCUAACUGCCAGGCAGAACAAGUGGCUGCAGCAGCUUGCCAAGGACAUGGGUGGAGAGGGCAGUCAGUUUCUGGCACACCUGAAGAUGGCCGACAGGAGAGCAGCCUCCACAGCAGCCGCCGCGCCACCGUCGGCUGCGGCUGCUCUUGCGCAGCUGUCAGCCACUCCCUCAACUGUCCCCAAGCUCUCGCACUCAGGCAAUCAGUGGGGCCUGCAGGAGAGAGUGGUGGCGGCCGCAUCGCUGGAGGCAUUUGCCGAACAGCUGCGGCAGGGAAAAAGCGCAAUCCAGGCGCUGCUGCCGGCCGCAGAGCAUCCCUCGCUCGACGCGUUCUUCACCCGCACCGUUGACGCCGCAGGUGACGUGACCGACUGCCUGCUGCGCUGCGGCGCGCGGCUGAACUUCAACCUUGCCAGCACCGCCGGCACAAUCGCUCACCAGUUCUGGGACAUCUCCCAGCCGCCCAUGCAGGCAUCGCGGUGGGUGGAGGACGUGUGCAGGCAGGCAGGCUAUUUCGGGGAGAAGCUCGCGCAGGUGGCCGGCCUAACAGAGCACCACAGAUCCCAGGCGUUUUUCCUGACUGAGGUGGAAGAGUUUGGGCAGUGGGCCGUGACACAUCCAGAAUACACACGGGAGCAGCAAAUUGGCCUGGCGACCGCAGUGGCACAGUUCAAAGGGCUGAAGAAGAAGGAUCAAGCUACAUUUGUUGCCCAAGUGGAGGCUUUUAUGUUGUGA